AUGGCUUUCCUUAACUCCUCUGAGGAUGUCAUUGAUUGCUCUCAAUUUGGAAAUGGAUCCUGUCCUGAAAGCCUCACAUCAGCUGGUGUUCGAAGAGUCAUGUACAUAUCCAUGAGCGGAAUCAUCAUCUUCACAGUGUUUGGGAAUUUAGCCAUCAUAAUUUCCAUUUCCUAUUUCAAACAGCUGCACUCCCCAACUAACUUCCUUACCCUCUCCAUGGCAGUAACUGAUUUCCUCCUGGGUUUCUUCAUAAUGCCCUACAGCAUGAUCCGAUCUGCGGAAAACUGCUGGUACUUCGGGAUCACCUUCUGCAAAGUCCACUACAGCUUUGACCUGAUGCUGUGUUUGGUUUCUAUCUUCCACUUAUGCUCCAUUGCUGUUGAUCGUUUCUAUGCCAUCUGUCAUCCUCUGCAUUACUCAUGCAAAAUCACUGUCCCUGUGAUUAGGCAAUUGAUAGUCCUUUGCUGGCUGGCACCAGCCAUUUUUGCUUUUGGAGUGGUUUUCUCAGAAGUCUAUGCUUCUGGCAUAGAAGGCUAUGCAACUUUAGUUGCAUGUUCUAGUUCCUGUCCAGUUAUGUUUAAUAAACUGUGGGGAACAGUUCUGUUCUCAUUUGGCUUCUUUAUUCCUGGCUGUGCAAUGAUUGGAAUUUAUGCAAAAAUUUUCGAGGUAUCCAAAAAGCAUUUGAAAGCCAUGAAAAAUGAGCCUAAAAGUUCCCAUAAUGGUAAACAAAACCAGUUUUCCACAAGUAAAGAUAGGAAAGCUGCCAAAACUUUGAGUAUAGUGAUGGGGUUUUUCCUUUUAUGUUGGUUUCCAUGUUUCUUUGUCAUUUUAAUUGACCCUUUUAUAGGUUUUUCAACCCCUGCAGUAUUAUUUGAUGUUUUAACAUGGUUUGGCUACUUUAACUCUACCUGUAACCCAUUAAUAUAUGGCUUUUUCUACCCAUGGUUUCAAAAAGCACUUAGAUAUAUCCUCAUAGGAAAAAUAUUCCAUCGACAUUUCUGUACUGCUAAUCUGUUUUCUGAAAAUCAAUAA